AUGUAUUUCGCAACGACACUCAUGACAACUGCAAACAUAGACAAUUUAUUUAACGAAUCAGUUUACCAUUUACCGGAUGUCUGUUUGAGCCACCACAAGUUAAUUAGUGACGAAUGGUUGCACAUUUGCUUUUGGCUUGUUUUUGCUGUCUUAUGUCAGCUGAUUGAUAUUUUUGGUACAAUAACAAAUGUAGUCAACAUUAUCUGCUUUGUAAAGCAAGGAUUCAAGGACCCUGUUAACGUUAGUCUGUUAG